GAGGAAGCCUAGGGAAAAAGGCAGUGGUUAGGAGACACAAUCCGAGCGGGGGGAGGAGGUCAGGGGUGUCCUGAUCCGGCACGGGAAGGGGCCGGCCUGUCCUGUCGAGGAAGUGGGAGGGGGCCCGCGGCGCCAGAAGGGCAGCGCCUGUCGCCCAGGAUUCUGAGCCACUAGCGUAGCGGCCAGCUUGACUCCACAACAAGUCCCCCAGCCUCCCUUCCCGAGCCUAGCCGGCUCAGCUUCAGAAGCGUGGCACGCAGUGAGUUGGGGCGGGAAGGGAGAAACCAGGGAUCCCUGCUAGCCGACCCCAAGUCCUGUCCUGCCCCAAUCCUCCCACCCCAAAUCCCGGCCAUGAGGCCUUUGCUAAGGCUGUUUCUCAGUCUGGGUUUGAGCGAAGGAGUGGAAAGAAUUGGGAAGUCCCGUCUCUGCCAGCUGGGAGCCGGCUGGGAGGCCGCAGGAAGUGCCUGGAAAGAGACGGGAUUGCCUCGAGGUUGGGGACGUAGGUUGGAAGGGGCUCGGGGCAGAAGAGAAAGGCACUGUGGAGCCAGCCGGGCUGCAACAAGUAACCCAACGCCGGGUCCUCCCCAGGCCCGAGGAUUGGGCGGCGGAGACCAUGGCCCGCUUCUUCAGCCCCCCGCCACCCCCCAGCGAGGACCUCUUCUACGAAACCUACUACAGCCUGAGUCAGCAGUACCCGCUGCUGCUCGUGCUUCUGGCGAUCGUGCUCUGCGCGCUCGUGGCGCUACUUGUCGUCGCCUCGGCCAGCGGCAGGGAGCUGACCUCAGACCCUCGCUUCUUGACCACUGUGCUGUGCGCUUUGGGCGGCUUCUCGUUGCUGCUGGGCCUAGCUUCCCGAGAGCAGCGACUGCAGCGCUGGACUCGUCCCCUUUCGGGCCUCGUGUGGGCCGCGCUGCUGGCUCUGGGCCAUGGCUUCCUGUUCACUGGGGGCGUGGUGAGCGCCUGGGACCAGGUGAGAGGAAUGGCAGGCAAGGGAUGGGGAAGCGCCCUGGCCUGCAGCUCAGCUCAGGCAUUGCAGCUGCCCACGCCCUGCCCCAGGUGUCGUUUUUUCUCUUCGUCAUCUUCACUGUGUAUGCCAUGCUGCCUCUGAGCAUGCGGGACGCUGCCGCCGCAGGCGUCACCUCGUCGCUCUCACACAUCCUGGUCCUCGGGCUGUACCUUGGACCCCAGCCAGACUCCCGGCCUGCGCUGCUGCCGCAGCUGGCAGCAAAUAUGGUGUUGUUCCUGUGUGGGAACCUGGUAGGAGCAUACCAUAAGGCGCUGAUGGAACGAGCACUGCGUGCCACAUUCCGGGAGGCACUCAGUUCCCUGCAUUCUCGAAGGAGGUUGGACACUGAGAAAAAGCACCAGGAGCACCUUCUUUUGUCAAUCCUUCCUGCCUACCUGGCCCAAGAGAUGAAAGCAGAGAUUAUGGCACGUCUGCAGGCUGGACAGGGGUCACGGCCAGAGAACACGAACAACUUCCACAGUCUCUAUGUCAAGAGGCACCAAGGAGUGAGUGUGCUGUAUGCUGACAUCGUGGGCUUCACACGGCUGGCCAGCGAGUGUUCCCCUAAGGAGCUUGUGCUCAUGCUCAACGAACUCUUUGGCAAGUUUGACCAGAUCGCCAAGGAGCACGAAUGCAUGAGGAUCAAGAUCCUGGGAGACUGUUACUACUGUGUCUCAGGGCUGCCACUGUCACUGCCAGACCACGCCAUCAACUGUGUGCGGAUGGGGCUGGACAUGUGCAGAGCCAUCAGGAAACUGCGGGCAGCCACUGGUGUGGACAUCAACAUGCGUGUAGGCGUGCACUCAGGCAGUGUGCUCUGCGGAGUCAUCGGGCUGCAGAAGUGGCAGUACGAUGUCUGGUCCCAUGAUGUCACACUGGCCAACCACAUGGAGGCAGGCGGUGUACCAGGACGAGUGCACAUCACAGGGGCUACCCUGGCCCUGCUUGCAGGGGCUUAUGCUGUGGAGGAUGUAGCCAUGGAACACCGGGACCCAUACCUACGGGAACUAGGGGAGCCUACCUACCUGGUCAUCGAUCCUCGGGCUGAGCAGGAGGAGGAGAAGGGCACCGCAGGAAGGUUACUAUGCUCUUUGGAAGGCCACAAGAUGCGCCCAUCACUACUGAUGACUCGCUACCUGGAGUCCUGGGGUGCGGCCAAGCCUUUUGCCCACCUGAGCCACAUGGACAGUCCUGUAUCCACCUCCACCCCACUCCCGGAGAAGGCCCUGGCUUCCUUCAGCCCCCAGUGGAGCCUUGACCGGAGCCGCACCCCCCGGGGACUAGAUGAUGAGCUGGACACUGGGGAUGCCAAGUUCUUCCAGGUCAUUGAACAGCUCAACUCUCAGAAACAGUGGAAGCAGUCAAAGGACUUCAACCUACUGACACUCUUCUUCAGGGAGAAGGAGAUGGAGAAACAGUAUCGGCUGUCUGCACUACCCGCCUUCAAAUACUAUGCAGCCUGCACCUUCCUGGUUUUUCUAUCCAACUUCAUCAUCCAAAUGCUGGUGACAAACAGGCCUUCAGCUCUGGCCAUCACCUAUAGUAUCACCUUUCUCCUCUUCCUCCUCCUCCUCUUCAUCUGCUUCUCAGAGCACCUGACGAGGUGUGUCCGGAAAGGCCCCAAGAUGCUUCACUGGCUGCCUUCUCUAUCCAGUCUGGUGACCACACGGCCAGGACUACGAGUAGCCCUGGGCACUGCCACUAUCCUCCUGGUCUUCACCAUGGCCAUUGCUAGCCUGUUCUUCUUACCAGCAUCAUCAGACUGUCCCUUCCUGACUCCCAAUGUGUCAUCCAUGGCUUUCAACCUCUCCUGGGAGCUGCCCGGGUCCCUGCCUCUCAUCAGUGUCCCAUACUCCAUGCACUGCUGUGUGCUGGGUUUCCUCUCCUGCUCCCUCUUCUUACACAUGAGCUUUGAACUGAAGCUGCUGCUGCUCCUGCUGUGGCUGGUGGCCUCCUGCUCCCUCUUCUUGUACUCCCAUGCCUGGCUGUCUGACUGCCUCAUCGCCCGCCUUUAUCAAGGUUCCUUGGACUCCAGGCCAGGAGUGCUGAAGGAGCCCAAGCUGAUGGGAACUAUGUCCUUUUUCAUCUUCUUCUUCACCCUCCUUGUCCUGGCUCGGCAGAAUGAAUAUUACUGCCGCCUGGACUUCCUGUGGAAGAAGAAGCUGAGGCAGGAGCAGGAGGAGACAGAGACAAUGGAGAACCUUACGCGGCUGCUCUUGGAGAAUGUGCUCCCUGCACACGUGGCCCCCCAGUUCAUUGGCCAGAACCGACGCAAUGAGAAGGGGCAUCUUUUCCAACUCAUGGCCACUCCAUACCUUUCAGAAGCCUAUCAAUUGUGGAUGUGUGUUACCUGGAGGAUAUAGUCUACCCAUCUCUCUAGCCUCACACUAGCCAAUGUGAGAGCCAUUAGUUAUAUGUAGCAAUUCAAUUUUAAAUUUAAAUUAAUUAAAAUUUUAAAAUUCAGUUCUUCAGUUGCACCAGCUGUAUUUCAAGUACUCAACAGCCACAUGUGGCUAGUGGCCGCCAUAUUGAGCCACUCCACCAGCCCUUUUUCGUGAUGGGUUUUUUCGAGAUAGGGUCUCGAAACCUAUUUGCCCAGGUUGCCUUCAAACCAUGAUCUUCCUGAUCUCUGCCUCCUGAGUAUCGAGGAUUGCAGGCGUGAGUCCCCAGCUCCUGGUGAUUUCCCAGACUUAAGUCUCCACCAACCUACUCUCUGUUCUCAAGAUCAGAAGUAGUUGUACUUCUGCUUUCUUCUUUAUAGAGACAGGGAAUCUUAUAACUGAUCUUGUUGCUAUCUUCACACUGGCUAUUAGAAAGAAAGCUAAGAGCUAGAAUCCAGGACACCCAUUUUGGGAACCAACCUCAGAUCUGAUUCCAUCUUUACCAUUUUACCCUUAUUUUCCCUUUGUUGUUUUAUUUUAUCUUCCAGAUAGUAGCAAUCUUUGUGAGCUAACUUAAUUGACAAAAUGCUUUUCACCAAUAAGAUAUAAAAAUAAUUUCCACUGACAUGAUCCCAAUUCUAGCUGUAAGACCCUUAAUGUAGCUAUGAAGUGAUCUUGACCCCAAACUUCUGUCCCCUGGAAUCACCAGGACAGCAAAUCUUUGACUCCUAAGACACAUCCUUGGGGUAGCCUGUGACUACUCCUCUCCUUCAUUCUCAGUCUUUCAUUUUUGUUUUUGUGGCACUAGGAUUUGAACCACAGCCUGCUAGGCAGGAGCUCUUACCACUUGAGCCACUUUCCCCACCUUCCCAAUCUUUCUUAAUCAAAAGGACAGCCUGUCAUUGUGGUGCAUACUUGGAAUCCUACUCAGGAGGCUGAGGAAGGACGGUGGCAAGUUUGAGACCAGCCUAGACUAUAUAGCAAGAUCCUUAAAGAACAAUAAUUGCCAGACGCUGGUAGCUCACACCUGUAAUCUUAGCUACUUGGGAGGCUAAGACCAGGAGGAUUAAGGUUGGAGGCCAAAUCAAGCAAAUAGUUCAAUAGACCCCCAUCUCCAAAACAAAAGUAGCAAAAUGGACUGGUGGUGUGGCUCCAGUAGUAGAGCGAGUGUAGAUGGAGGGAAGAGUGUACUGUGCAGACUCAGAAAGGGGAAGAACAUGACAUGUGCCCUUACUCCAGCCUACUACCCCACAGGACCUCUACCAUCAGUCCUAUGAAUGUGUUUGUGUCCUCUUCGCCUCAGUCCCUGACUUUAAGGAGUUUUACUCUGAGUCCAACAUCAACCACGAGGGGCU